GCUUUUUCUCCUUGCGACAAUAUUCAAUUCAGGAAAAUUUACUCCGCGAGUGACGUGGUAGACCAGCCUAUCCAGAACAAAGGGAGGUCGUUUCCCUCUCGCGCCCUUGCUCCGCUCCCAACUUUUUCGUCAGCAUAACUCACCACCAUGGCAAGUGGUGGAGGUGGUGACUUGCCACAGCAGCCGCCGCCGCCGCCGCCACCAGCGUCGGCAACUGGCGGCGAGUUUCUCCUUCAUCUGCUCCAAAAAUCUUCCAACCACGACAAUCGGCCCCAAACUACGCCAAAACUGUUACCACAGCACUACCGUGCUGCUCCAUCUCGAGCUUCACCUCAAUCUCUCACCCACGAUCCCGCCAUCGCCGCUGUUGGCCCCUCCAUGCCCUUCCCGCCAUGGCCGUCCAGGGGUCACGAUCUCACCCCUCCCUCUCCCCCUCCUUGGCCCCAUUCUUUCUCUCCUCCAUACCCGCCUCACUUGUUAGGGUUUUCCCAAAGCCCUCCUUGGUCCGUACCAACGGGUUUCCCAUGCAAUGAAGGAUUCGAUAUUUCUCAGAGUUCCCAAUUGGCUACAAACCAAAGGUUCACAGUUGACAAUGAUGUUCUAGAAUUAGGGUUUUUGGGUCUGAAUGACACAGGGAAUUCAGUUAACGGGCGUCAGCGGCUCAUGUUUGGUACUUUCCCGUGUGAAAUUCGAUCCCAGGAGGGUUUAUCAAAUGAUAUUUCAGUUUUAGGAGCUAAUGGGGAUGGUUUAUUGCCGAAGCUUGAUGUCUCGAAGAGGAGAGAAAUGGGCUUAGGGAACAGAAGCUUAACUGGGUCGGUUAGAGACCAGCCGUUUGACUCGCGGAAGAACCCAAGUUUGAAUGCAUUCAGGCGAGGGAGUUCUGGGUAUAGGCAGCAGCUUGGUGGGUUUCAUAGGCCAGGGAUAAUGACUGAACCAAGGCAGCCGCGGGGGUUUCCAACUCAGCCAGAGGGAGUGGGACAUUGGGAUUCUUGGGAUGGGAAGGGGGGCUUACUGCACAAUGUGGAUAAGGAAAUGCAUAGUUCGGUGGAGUUGAAUCGUGGUGUUGUUGCUUUAAAUAAUGAGGUCGAGAAAGUGAGGAGAUUGUCACCUGAUAAUAGUAAAAUGCAUGGCGAUGUGUCAGCUGAACUGGGGCUCAGUGUACAGCUUGAUCAGCCUGGCCCUCCUUCGGGAAGUAGCCUUCAUUCAGUUUCAGCAUCAGAUGUUGUUGAGUCUUUAAGGGAUUUGCAUGGCGAGCAUGUUGGGGUUGGAGAUAAGCCUGUGCAUCGCUUUCAGGACAAGAUAAAGAAGGAUGGUGGUGGUGGAGCUAGCCAUGAAAUGGAUGAUCUAGGUGAACGAUUAUUAGAUGCUCUUGGACUUGAUGAUGGAUAUGAUGACAAGAAUGAUUUGGGACAGCCUCACAAUCCUCGUGAUAAGGAUGUUAGAUCAGACACCAGAGGACAGAGGCCACUUACCCAGAGGAUAAGGAAUAUUAGGAGAGUAAUGAAAUAUCGCAGUGACAUAGACAGAUUAAAUGCUUGUUUUCUUGCUAUUUAUGACUCACUGAUACCGGCAGAGGAAGAGAAGGCAAAACAAAAGCAAGUAUUGACAUUAUUGGAGAAGCUUGUUAGCAAAGAAUGGCCUAAAGCUCAGUUGUUUCUUUAUGGAUCUUGUGCUAACUCAUUUGGGGUCUCUAAAAGUGACAUUGAUGUUUGCCUUUGUAUUGAGGAUGCAGAUAUUAACAAGUCUGAGAUCUUGCUGAAGUUGGCAGAUAUUUUGCAAUCAGAAAAUCUCCAGAAUGUGCAGGCAUUGACCCGUGCUAGGGUUCCCAUUGUAAAACUUAAGGAUCCAGUAACUGGCAUCUCCUGUGACAUAUGCAUAAAUAAUGUUUUGGCUGUGGUAAACACGAAGCUUCUUCGUGAUUAUGCACAAAUUGAUGUGAGGCUACGACAAUUGGCUUUUAUUGUGAAACACUGGGCCAAAUCAAGAGGAGUAAAUGAAACUUAUCAAGGAACUCUUUCCAGCUAUGCGUAUGUCUUAAUGUGCAUCCAUUUCUUACAACAGCGUAAGCCUGCUAUUCUUCCAUGUUUGCAGGGUAUGAAGACAACUUACUCUGUAACCGUAGAUGAUGUCGAAUGUUCUUACUUUGAUCAAGUUGAUAAUCUUCGUGACUUCGGAUCUGCUAAUAAAGAAAGUAUUGCUCAACUAGUUUGGGCAUUCUUCAAUUAUUGGGCAUAUUGCCAUGAUUAUGCAAAUAAUGUUACUUCUGUUCGCACUGGAAGUGUAAUCAGCAAGCGAGCUAAAGACUGGACAAGGAGAAUUGGGAAUGAUCGCCAUCUGAUAUGCAUAGAAGAUCCCUUCGAGGUAUCCCAUGAUUUGGGUCGAGUGGUGGACAAGCGUAGCAUAAGAGUGCUGAGGGAGGAGUUUGAACGAGCUGCUGAUAUCAUGCAGUAUGACCCUGAUCCCUGCGUCACCCUUUUUGAGCCCUAUUUGCCCGAUUGACUUAUUUUGCUAUUGUUUCGAGGACUUCAUUUCCUGUAAUUAUGGUAAAUUUUAUGCAGUUUGUAAAGUUCAGACACUCAUAUUUUCCCGUGCAUUUUGUUUAUACCUUGUAUUUAGGGUUUAAGCUUUUGUUUGUGUCGGUUGCUGUAAAGAAAAUGAUUUCUAGCACUUACAAUCUUAAAUAUUAAUAAUAUUCAGGCCCAAUAUGUUUUGGGGAUUAAA